CCAAUGAGCCAGUACCUUUUGAUCGUGCUGACUUGGCAAGCGUAGGCCUCAAAAAAUGGUGAGUUUCAGAUAUUUUAUGCUAAGAUAUUUUAACAGCCGUAAGGCGUUAGAUUUCGGAAAUUUUUAUUUAAAAAACAAAAGUCUGUCUUUAGAUAGUACUGAAGAAAAGAUAUAGCAAAGAAGAAUGGGAGAGGUGGUGUUGAGUAGUGAAGAGUUAAUGGAGAAGAAGAAUGAAGGAAUGGUGAAGUGGGAAAGUUUUUUACAAGGGAUGGCUUUGAGGGUUUUGUUGGUUGAGGCUGAUGAUUCCACUAGGCAAAUUAUAACUGCCCUUCUCAGGAAAUCUACUUACAGAGUGACUGCUGUUCCUGAUGGCUUGAAGGCAUGGGAAAUACUGAGAGGAAGACCGCAUAACAUAGACCUCAUAUUGACUGAAGUUGAUUUGCCGUCAAUAUCUGGAUUUGCUCUUCUUACGCUAAUCAUGGAGCAUGAGAUUUGCAAAAACAUCCCUGUUAUAAUGAUGUCUUCCCAGGACUCAGUUAGUACUGUUUAUAAAUGCAUGUUGAGAGGUGCUGCUGAUUAUCUUGUUAAGCCUGUGAGGAGAAAUGAGCUAAGAAAUCUGUGGCAGCAUGUAUGGAGAAGACAAUCUUCAACUAUUGGUGGAAAUGUUGAUCAAGAUGAGAGCGUUGGACAGCAAAAGAUUGAAGCCACUUCUGAAAAUGAUGCUGCAAGCAAUCAUUCCAGUGGUCACGUGGCUUGUAUCCAGAGGAAUGAGGAAUGCAUUGAGAAAGGGAGUGAUGCUCAGAAACUGCAUAUUUGCUGUCGCUUGCAGAGCUCUUGUACAAAGCCAGACUUUGAAGCUGAGAGUGCACAGAUGGAAGAGAUGCAGGAUUUCUCACGGCAGGUCUGGGGCAAAUCCUUACAAAAUGAUGUAAAGAUGCCAACGCAUGAAGGAAGUAUCAAUUAUAGCCAGCAAAUUGGGGGAUCAGUAGUAGCUGCCUUCAAGGAUGCUAAUGAUAGAAAUUUGGGCAAGGAUGUUGAACCAGAAAGUCAAAGGAAGGAUGUUACCUUCACUAGCGAGGUCUAUAAUGUCCUUGUCAAUUCUUCUAGAGAAGCGAUUGACUUCAUGGGAGCAUACAAAAAUCAGAAUUCAUCUUCAAAUAAUGGAACAAGCAAGGUUGAUUCUUCUCCAGAUUUGGAUCUUUCCUUGAGAAGAUCUCAUCCUAGUGGUUUUGAGAAUCACGUGUCAGACCAAAGGUUUACCAUCAAGCAUUCUAAUGCCUCCGCCUUUACUCGGUAUACGAACAGACCAUUGCAGCCACUACAUUCAACAUUGCAUAGUGCUUUUAAUCAGCAGAAAGAAUUUGCAACUGACUCAGAGAAGAAUUUAUCUGAUAUUGCUACUAUAAGUAACUCUGAUACUCCGCUUGUAAUGCCAAGUACUAAAAGAAGUGUUAGUUCUCUGGCUACUAGUCAGUCUAAACAAUUUGAAGUAGAAACUUUGUGCCCUCAACACAGAGCAUCUCCUGUCCCAAUUCCAGUGAAAGGUAUGCUGCUUAAUAGCCUAUGCACUGGCUAUGGUUCAGUACUUCCUCAUAUUUUUUGUGCACAAUCGGGUCUAUCACCAAUGCCAAGUCCAAGUUCAGCCAAUCAGCAAGAACCGACCUUUCAAGUGAAUCCAGUCCAUUGCGGCAAUGUUGAAAACAGUAAUUGUUCACUACUUUAUGAUCGACUUGGCGAAAAUGCAAUUAAUUCCAUCAACCAGACUGUGCACAUGUUGAGUCACAGGUUGGAGACUCUGGAGGAUCGAGGACAUAUUUCUCCUGCCACCGAUCAGAGUGCAAGUGGUAGUUUUUGUAAUGGUGCUAUAAGUCGUUUGAACAGCAUGAGAUAUGGAAGCACUUGUGGAAGUAACAGCAAUGUCGAUCAGGUUCCUGUUGGGAGAGCUGCUGCAGAGAGCAAGAAUGAAGAAGGAUUUUGCCCUUCCAAUGGAAACUCACAUCGAUCAAUUGAAAGAGAAGCAGCACUAACUAAGUUCCGCUUGAAGCGGAAAGACAGAUGCUAUGAUAAGAAGGUUCGGUACGAAAGUCGAAAGAAACUUGCAGAACAACGACCCAGAGUGAAAGGACAAUUUGUUCGCCAAGCACAGCCUGAUCCCACGUGGGCAGAAUCUGAGAAUCAGUGUGGCAAUUCACUUGAGGGUUAACCUAUAAACUUAUUUGUGAUGGAAUGGAGAUGAAUUGAAUAUGACUUAGAUUAUAUCUUACAAAUCUUUACAGUAGUUGGAUCUAACAUGUCAUUGCAGUAAAGCAGUCUAUUUUCAUGAUGUUUGUGUAUAUGGCGAUUACCAUGUAUCUAUUGUAAAAAUAGAGUUGUAAUAUAUGUUUAAAUUCUUUUUGUUUA